AGGGUUUAUCGGCAUCCAUCUCACCUCUCGCGACGGCGUUAAAUAGACUGGCGCCUUUCUCAAGCUCACCGAUACCUAUCUCGUCCUAAAUCCCCACCAUCAACGACAGGGAAGGAGCAAGGAACAGGGCGGGAAAGAUGGAGGAUUUGGGAGCUUUCAGGCGAUUUGCAAACCCUUUACUUUUCAAUCUCCAGAAGUUGGAGUUGGAGCUGACUUGCGCCAUAUGCUUAAGACUGCUCAGAAUGCCAAUGUUGUUACCAUGUAACCAUAUGUACUGCAGAUCUUGUAUUACUACUACCACAAGAAAUACACAAGACUGUGCUGUGUGUAAAGCACCUUUUUCUAAACAAGACUUAAGGACUGCAGGCCAUAUUGAAGCGAUUGCACAUAUUUGCAAAAACAUGACUUCUACAGUUAAUGCUGUUGUGAAUCAAGGUCCGCAAGUUGCUAUUUCUGACACAAAGAUGCAUUCAGCAAAUGUAAGGCUAGAUUCUGGCAACAAUAACUUGGCAGAAAAAUUUGGACAACUUACAGAUAUCAUAGAUAAGAAAAGGCCAUGUCAUGUCAAGUCUACUGCAACAUUGUUUGGAUAUAUGAAUCCAUUAGAAAAUAAGUUUGAGGGAAAACUACAUGAACACAAGCUGAAUGCAGAUGAGAAAGUCAGCGAAGAAGCUGAGAUCAAUAAGUUCCUUGCACCAGGGGAUACAUUCAGUCCUCAAUCUUCAGGUUGUCAAAAAUAUUCAGAGAAUGACAGCUAUGAUGGACGAAGUGAACCAACCACUGGACAAUUGCCUAUCACAGAGUCAUUCAAGAGAGCUGCAGAUAAUGAAACCUGCCUGAUGGAAAAUGGCUUUUUGGUCGAGUCAAAAAAGCAAAGGUUAAACAAGGAUAAUGAUCACAUGCACGAAAAACUUAUAAAUUGUGCAUUUUGCCACACUUCAAUAGCCACCGAGGGAUCUGGACCAAUGUUACAUUAUCUUAAUGGAGAACCAAUGCAAGAGGAGCAAGCGUCACAACCCAAUGUCCUGCAUGUCCAUCAAAAAUGUAUAGAAUGGGCACCACAAGUUUAUUUUGUUGAUGAGACUGCUAUGAAUUUGGAGGCCGAGCUGUCACGCGCAUCAAAGAUCAAAUGCAGUCAGUGUGGCUUAAAGGGAGCUGCACUCGGGUGUUACAACAAGAGUUGCAGAAGAAGUUAUCACGUUCCUUGUGCUGAUGAGAUCUCAGACUGCAGAUGGGACUAUGAGAAAUUUCUUUUGCUUUGUCCAAUGCACUCUUCACAUAGACUUCCAUGCGAUAAAUCCACUAACAAGAAAAAGACAUCAGCAAACGCCACAUUAUGCCAUUCCAAUCCGAUGGAUCAGCCUCCGUGCACAAAGCAUUUCGGAGGAACUUGGACUGCAUCUCCAUGUGUAACAAGAGAAUGGAUACUUUGUGGAUCUGCCUUGUCCAGGGAGGAGAAGAACACGCUGAAUGAAUUUGUAACAUUAUCCGGAGCUUCUACAACCAGCGUAUGGAAUUCCAGCAUAACACACGUGAUCGCUGCCACGGAUGAGCAUGGUGCUUGCAGCAGAACGCUCAAAGUUCUUAUGGCCAUCUUGGGUGGGAAGUGGGUUCUACGUGUUGACUGGCUUAAGACCUGCAUGGAGGCUGGUCAUCCAGUGGCGGAGGAACCUUAUGAAAUCACCCACGACAUUCAUGGAUCAUUUGAUGGACCAAGAAAUGGGCGACUAAGAGCUUCUCAAAAGGCACCAAAAGUGUUUUCAAGUCUGUCCUUUUACUUUAAUGGUUAUUUUAUGCCAAACUACAAGAAAUAUCUUGAGACUUUGAUUUCUGCUGCCGGUGGAAGAUUUCUGGAGGGAAGUGAGGUUGUGACAACAACUUUGAUAGUUUAUAGUGCAGAGCCUCCGCAAGGAAGCGACCCAAGUGACCUGAAUGGAGUGAUCAAGAGGAGAAGAGAAGAAGCUGAGAGUUUUGCAGCCAACACUUCCUCUCGGGUGAUUCCACAUACGUGGCUUUUGGAUGCCAUUGCUUCCUGCAAUCUGCCACAAAUUGUGUGAUUGGUCUCAGAUAGAGCCACCGAUGAAAUCUGGAGAUGAAAACUGAUGAGGAUUUCCUUUGCAGCUUGAGGCAAUUCGAAUGUGCUUGAGCAUGAAAUUGUAGCGGAGUUUCUUGUAUUUAUGUAUGGAUCGCAAGACAAACGUGUUCGAUUGUACUUUACCAGUUUUACACGUUAUUUGUUAAUCAUCAUGGUUGUUGCUUAA